AUUUGUAAUCCACACUACUGAGACCUUGCAGUUUUGCAUUCACACCCUGUUCCCUAGAGGUCCGGCAACACAAAUAAGGGAUCCCUCAUUAUGAAGACACACUCCCACUGCUCUGAUCCAGAUGCUCUCUCUCUCUCUCUCUCUCGCUCUCUCACUAUAAGGUGUCCUGCCUCUUUGGAAAUGCUCUGUGAAACUGACGAGGCAUCUGAGUUUGAGUCUUGCUGCACUUUUAGAAACUAGUUUUACUUAAAUAGACGAGCCGGACGACACCCUCUGAGAUCUUCGGAGUCCGAUAGAAAGAGGAUAAACCUGCUUUUUGCAUUGGGGAUUUUAAUAUUUUUUAUUUAUUUUGUGAAGUGUGGAAAUGUGUUCUGGAAGGAAUCGAAGGACCCGGGCCGUCAUGUGGACGCUGUUUCUGUUUGUUUUGUGCUCAUCUGAAGGAGAGGGAUCCGUCGGCUGUGCCCAGCCGUGCUCGUGCCCUCGGGACCCUCCGUCCUGUCCGCUCGGGGUCAGUCGGGUGCUGGACGAGUGCGGAUGCUGUAAGGUUUGUGCUCAACAGUUUAACCAGCCCUGUGGCCCUGACCGACCCUGCGACCACAUCAAGGGCCUGCGCUGCCACCUGGGGGCCGGAGGGGACCCGCGCCAGGGACUCUGCAGAGCUGACGCCCAGGGCCGCCCGUGUGAGUUUGGUGGGCGUGUGUAUCAGCACGGCGAGGACUUCCAGCCCGACUGCAGACACCAGUGCGUCUGUAUGGAUGGUGUGUUGGGCUGCAUGCCUGUGUGUCCACACCACAUCCCUGUGCCCGACACACACUGCACACACCCUCGCCUGGAGACGCCACCGGGCCGCUGCUGUGAGGAGUGGGUGUGUGAGCAUCAGAACAGCAUCAGGGAAGAGGCGUCGGACCCCCGUCCUCAACACACCGCGUACAACCACAUCAGCAGACUCUUACAGAGCCCUGACAGCCCACAGUCCACCGGGGUUCAAGAGUGGGCGUCUGUGCCGGUGUCUCUGGUCCCCUUCCCAACAUCCCAGUGUUUCCCACAGACCACCGACUGGUCCGAAUGUUCUGCUUCCUGCGGGUUUGGCAUCUCCAGUCGUGUGAGCAAUAGCAAUGCACAGUGCAAGCUGGUUAGAGAGACGCGCCUUUGCCAGAUCCGAGAAUGUGACAUCACGCCAGCUAUGAAGAGAGGAAAGAAGUGUCGACGGACAGUGAGGUCUCGGGAACCAGAGCGGAUCACGUUUGCCGGCUGCUCCACGGCUCGCCGCUACCGGCCUCGUGUGUGUGGCGUGUGUGUGGAUGGCAGGUGCUGUCGGCCGUCCGCUUCCCGAACGGUGCGUCUGCGGUUCCUCUGCCCGGGCGGAGAGAACAUCACACGUAACGUCAUGUGGAUCCAGCGCUGCCGGUGCAGCAGAAGCGCCUGCACGGCUCAGAGAGAGCGUUCCUCACCCUCCGUCAGCCUUCACAACGACACACACACCUUCUCUCGCUGAACACACACAAUGCGCCCUCGUUGCAUGAUGGCUAAAACUCACUUUUUAAAGGGAUAGUUCACCCAAGAAUGAAAAUUACCUUUGAAUUAAGUCAUCCUAGGUAUUUAUGAGUUUCGUCUUUCAGACGAAUACAGUCAGAGUUAUCAGAUAUUAAUAAAUGUCCUG